AUGGGCUUGCGAUUCUCGUGGACCGUGGCGCGGGGCGACGGCGACGGCGACAGCGACCGCCGCCCAGGGGACGCGUCGCGCGACGCCUCGCUCGCUGCGCGCGCCGGCCGGGCGGCACCCACUUCGCGGCGGCAGCUGCUGCUCGGCCGGGUGUUCCAGCAUCUCGACCUUAUGGAGUGCCUCGAGCUUCUUCUGGCCUUCCAAGAGGGCCUGACGAUGGGACUGUGCUUCUGCGCCGCCGCGUGCUUGGCCGACAACAUUUGGAGCUUCCUGGUCUGCUGCUCGUACUCCGUGUCUGCCCGUAGCAUCCUCUGCCUGGCAGACUGCGGCAGGCCGUGCCAGGAGGCCGGCUGCCCGGCGCCGAGCCGGAUCCCAGACUUGCCAGAGAAGUACCGCGAGGUGAUCCCCGGCCUCAAGUUUGGGCCGAGGCCGCGACCGUUCGGGCUGCUGCUCAUGCCCUUCAUACUGUACGUGUACUUUGAGGCCGAUCGCAGGAAGGCCGCGUUCAGGAAUCUCGAUACCGACCGCGACAAGCGCGUGACGCUCUCCGAAUUCCAGGCCAGCGGUGGCACGGGCCAGCGCUUCACGGCGCUGGACGGCGACCGCGACGGGGCUCUGAGCGAGAAGGAGUACUUCACCGCCCUCUUCCAGCCCGACGCCUGA